AUGUCAGUGGCGGGCGGCCUCCUUUUCUCCCUGCGUGAGACGUUGAUGUGGAGCGCCGUGUUUGCGCUCUGUGGCGCCGCCGUUGAAGAAGCAUACCCCGCGCUCGCGACCGUGGUUUUUGGUCUCGUGGUGAGCCUUACGAUGCCAAUGAGAUUUACGGAUAUACACCAGAUGCUGCUGGCAGAUGUGAAAGGGAAGUCCGCCUUGGAGAGGUUCCUUGGAAAGCGGGACGGAAAUGAAGAGCAGGCGAAGAAAACAUUUCUGCUGCUAACCGCAAUCGUGUUGGGGGCGGCCUUUACGCAACUGGACUGGAACGAGUGGUUUCAGGUUUGGCCAUAUCCUGCUGUGGUCUCCUUCGCUCUUGCGCACGCAGCCCUGCUGCUUUUAGGGCUGCGGCGGAAGGUGUGA